AUGAACUCGGACAAGCGGAGCAAGCCGGUUCCCCCGGGGAGCAGCGAGCCUCUCUCCCCGGCCCAGGGCCACCCGAGGCCCGCCAGGAUGCCCAAGUGCUCCCGCUGCCGGAACCACGGCUUCGUGUCCCCGCUGAAAGGCCACAAGCGCUUCUGCAACUGGCGGGACUGCGAGUGCGUCAAGUGCAGCCUGAUCGCGGAGAGACAGCGGGUCAUGGCGGCGCAGGUCGCCUUGAGGAGGCAGCAUUUCCAAGAGGAGGAGCUUGGGAUCUGUAGUCCGGUGACUCUGCCGGGACCCGAGGUCAUGGUGAAGAACGAGGCCGGAGCCGACUGCCUGUUCUCUGUGGACGGACGAUCCCUGACUCCGACCGCCUCCUCUUCUUCUUCUCUGGGUUUCACAGGGAGUCGCUCGGCAUCCUCCUCCAGCCCGAUGGCCGGCGGCAGGGCUCAUGGUGAGGGGGGGUCCGACCUGCUGAUGGAAACCUCCUAUUACAACUUCUACCAGCCGUCAUGCUACCCGACCUACUACAGCAACCUGUACAACUACCAGCAGUACCAGCAGAUGUCUCACAGCGACAGCCGCCUGUCCAGCCACAACGUGUCCUCUCCCUACUGCAUGCACUCCUACUACCCAGCAGCCAGCUACCUGAGCCAGGGCCUGGGCUCCUCCUUCUUCAACCUGGAGGACAACAACAACAACUCUGACACCACGGCAGCCUCGUUCCCCCCCGGCAGCAUCAGCACCCCCCAUGACCCCACCAUGACCUGCAGGUCCAUCAGCUCCCUGCUCAACGCCGACGUCAAGGCCGAGAGCGAAGUCAGCGACGAGACGGUCGACUUCUCCCUCAACGCCACCAUCGACGUGGAAGGCAUCAAUUAA